CGUCAGCGUUCUCUUCCGCCGUCGUCGCCGCCAUCCUCGGCGCGACUCGCCUCGCUCGGAUCUGCCUGGGAGAAUCCACCGCCAUCCGCCACCAUGGUGAACUUCACGGUAGACCAGAUCCGGGCCAUCAUGGACAAAAAGGCCAACAUCCGCAACAUGUCUGUCAUUGCCCAUGUGGACCAUGGAAAGUCCACCUUGACAGACUCCCUGGUGUGCAAGGCUGGCAUCAUUGCCUCUGCCCGGGCUGGGGAGACUCGCUUCACGGACACCCGGAAGGACGAGCAGGAGCGCUGCAUCACCAUCAAGUCCACUGCCAUCUCCCUCUUUUAUGAGCUCUCGGAGAAUGACUUGAACUUCAUCAAGCAGAGCAAGGACGGCUCUGGCUUCCUCAUCAACCUCAUCGACUCCCCUGGGCACGUAGACUUCUCCUCAGAGGUGACAGCUGCCCUCCGCGUCACUGACGGUGCCUUGGUAGUUGUGGACUGUGUGUCAGGUGUGUGUGUGCAGACAGAGACGGUGCUGCGACAGGCCAUUGCCGAGCGCAUCAAGCCUGUGCUGAUGAUGAACAAGAUGGACCGAGCCCUGCUGGAGUUGCAGCUGGAGCCCGAGGAGCUCUACCAGACCUUCCAGCGCAUCGUGGAGAAUGUCAACGUCAUCAUCUCCACCUACGGCGAGGGCGAGAGUGGCCCCAUGGGCAACAUCAUGAUUGACCCAGUGCUUGGCACCGUGGGCUUUGGGUCUGGCCUACAUGGCUGGGCCUUCACCCUGAAACAGUUUGCAGAGAUGUAUGUGGCCAAGUUUGCUGCCAAGGGUGAGGGCCAGCUGGGGCCUGCUGAGCGGGCCAAGAAAGUGGAGGACAUGAUGAAGAAGCUGUGGGGAGACCGGUACUUCGAUCCAGCCAAUGGCAAGUUCAGUAAGUCUGCCACCAGCCCUGAUGGGAAGAAGCUGCCCAGGACGUUUUGCCAGCUCAUCCUGGACCCCAUCUUCAAGGUGUUCGAUGCGAUCAUGAAUUUCAAGAAAGAGGAGACUGCAAAGCUGAUUGAGAAACUGGACAUCAAGCUGGACAGUGAAGAUAAGGACAAAGAGGGCAAGCCGCUGCUGAAGGCUGUGAUGCGCCGCUGGCUGCCAGCUGGGGACGCCCUGCUGCAGAUGAUCACCAUCCACCUGCCCUCCCCGGUGACAGCCCAGAAGUAUCGCUGCGAGCUGCUCUACGAGGGUCCCCCAGAUGAUGAGGCUGCCAUGGGCAUUAAAAGCUGUGACCCCAAAGGCCCUCUUAUGAUGUACAUCUCCAAAAUGGUGCCGACCUCCGACAAAGGUCGGUUCUACGCCUUUGGACGUGUCUUCUCGGGGCUGGUGUCCACCGGCCUAAAGGUCAGGAUCAUGGGGCCCAACUAUACUCCCGGGAAGAAAGAGGACCUCUACCUGAAGCCCAUCCAGAGAACCAUCCUGAUGAUGGGCCGCUACGUGGAGCCCAUUGAAGAUGUGCCUUGUGGGAACAUCGUGGGCCUGGUGGGCGUGGACCAGUUCCUGGUGAAGACGGGCACCAUCACCACGUUCGAGCACGCCCACAAUAUGCGGGUGAUGAAGUUCAGUGUCAGCCCUGUCGUCAGGGUGGCUGUGGAGGCCAAGAACCCAGCUGACCUGCCCAAGCUGGUGGAGGGGCUGAAGCGGCUUGCCAAAUCUGACCCCAUGGUGCAGUGCAUCAUUGAGGAGUCUGGGGAGCACAUCAUCGCAGGUGCUGGGGAGCUGCACUUGGAGAUCUGCCUCAAGGACCUGGAGGAGGACCAUGCAUGUAUCCCCAUCAAGAAAUCUGACCCUGUGGUCUCAUACCGGGAGACGGUCAGUGAGGAGUCGAACGUGCUCUGCCUAUCCAAGUCCCCCAACAAGCACAACCGGCUGUACAUGAAGGCACGGCCCUUCCCCGAUGGCCUGGCGGAGGACAUCGACAAGGGCGAGGUGUCUGCCCGCCAGGAGCUCAAGCAGCGAGCCCGCUACCUGGCUGAGAAGUACGAGUGGGACGUGGCUGAGGCCCGCAAGAUCUGGUGCUUUGGGCCCGACGGCACUGGUCCCAACAUUCUGACGGACAUCACCAAGGGUGUGCAGUACCUCAAUGAGAUCAAGGACAGCGUGGUGGCUGGCUUCCAGUGGGCCACCAAGGAGGGUGCACUAUGUGAGGAGAACAUGCGGGGCGUGCGCUUCGACGUGCAUGACGUGACGCUGCAUGCGGAUGCCAUCCAUCGUGGAGGUGGUCAGAUCAUCCCCACCGCCCGCCGCUGCCUCUACGCCAGCGUGCUGACUGCCCAGCCUCGCCUCAUGGAGCCCAUCUACCUUGUGGAGAUCCAGUGUCCAGAGCAGGUGGUCGGUGGCAUCUACGGUGUACUGAACAGGAAGCGGGGCCACGUCUUUGAGGAGUCCCAGGUGGCUGGCACCCCCAUGUUUGUUGUCAAGGCCUACCUGCCUGUCAAUGAGUCCUUCGGCUUCACUGCCGACCUGAGGUCCAACACCGGUGGCCAGGCCUUCCCCCAGUGUGUGUUUGACCACUGGCAGAUCCUGCCCGGAGACCCCUUCGACAACACCAGCCGCCCCAGCCAGGUGGUGGCUGAGACGCGCAAGCGCAAAGGCCUGAAGGAGGGCAUCCCAGCCCUGGACAACUUCCUGGACAAGUUGUAGGCGGCUCUUCCCGGCGGCGGUUCGCCACCCCUGACAGGACUUGGCACAACACCCCACACCUAGUUCGACUGCAGCAACACGUCGUCCUCGCAUUCUCAAAUGACACCUGAGACUGUCCCCACACAGUGACGCUCUGUCUGAGGGGUUUCUGGGGCCCACUCCGUGCCAUCACUCAACGAUAACACUUGAUGCCGUUUCUCUAUUUAUUUCAGGAGUCCAAAGGCAGGGGAAAGGCCCUUUCUGAAGGGACUGUUUGGCUGGUGGGGUGGGGAGGCGGGGUGGGACACCCAGUGCUUUUAUUUCAGAUCAGAGGGAAACUGAAUCCAAAUGUCCAAAAGUUUAAAAUAAAUGCAUUAAGAGGUUUAUUAUGGCCCGAAGUGGCUUUUCCCCCAGAAAAGGGGAACAGGUGGAUAGAUGAUUCCUAGAAGGCAGGAAGUCCUGUGCGGUGUCACCGUGAGCACCUUCGGCUGUGUUAGUGCCAUUGGAAUAAUAAAUUGGGUAAUGGUGGUGAA